ACAUGAUAAUUCGACUGCAGAUUCCGACCUCAACGCCCCAUUGGCAUUCAUCACGGCACCCUUCGCCAAGAAUCCGCCGGAAGAAUCGUUUUUCUAAUCCUAACCCUAACCCUAACCUUGACCCUAACAAACAUUAUUCCCAAGUCCUCCACGGCUUCACUCCUCUCAAGACCCGGACCAUCUUCUCUGCACCACUCCCCAACAACCCAGCUUCCGACUCCGGCCUCCGCUUCCGACAGAAGCUUCUCUACCUCGAAAGCCUCAAUGUGGACUCCACCAAAGCACUCGACAAGAACCCUGAUCUCCGCUCCGCCCCUGUCGAAUCCAUCAAGUCCGUCGAGAAGUGCCUCUACUCCAUGGGCAUCGAACGCUCCGACAUCGGAAGGAUCUUCGGCAUGCACCCGCAGCUCCUCACCUGCGAUCCCUACACUGAUCUAUACCCCAUAUUCGACUUCCUCCUUAACGAAGUUGACAUUCCUUUCUCUGACAUCCGCAAGUCCAUCGUUCGGUGUCCCCGGUUGUUAAUUUGCAGCGUGCGCGAUCAAUUGAAGCCAACGCUCUACUUUCUUCGGAGGUUGGGAUUCGUGGGGCCGCAUGCCAUCACGUGCCAGACGACUCUUCUUCUGGUGUCGAGCGUCGAGGGCACGCUCAUACCCAAGCUCGAUUAUCUUCAAAGUUUGGGGUUUUCAUAUAAGGAGACGGUCAAGAUGGUCUUGAGAUCGCCUGGGCUACUGACAUUCAGCAUUUCCAAUAACUUUCGGCCCAAGGUGGAGUAUUUCUUGAAUGAGAUGAAGGGGGAUUUGGCUGAGUUGAAGAGGUUCCCUCAGUAUUUCUCUUUUAGUUUGGAAGGGAAGAUAAAGCCCCGACAUAGACUUUUGGUCGAGCAUGGCUUCUCACUCCCUCUGUCCCAAAUGUUGAAAGUUAGUGAUGGAGAAUUCAGAGAUUGGUUGGUUGAGAUGCAGUUGCGCUCCGUUGAUGAGAAAUUGUCUUCAUAUGGAGGUGACCAAGAUGGAGACACUAUGUCCUUGCUGAAGAAGGAACAGAAUAUUGGUAGUGUCUUGAACCGAUGGAACACUUAUCAAAGAUAUUUCACCAUAUAUUUAGAAUAGGUGGGUCCACCCAUUAGUCAACAUAUGUUUAGAAUCAAAUCAAAGACAUAGUUGGGAGAGUCAAAUCCAAAUCAUAUGGGGGUUCUCUCGAAUUGACAGCUAGCUUGCUGGGCUUUUUGGAAUCGGCUGAAGUUUGUGGACCUUGGGCACGACUUAGUGACAUUACACUAAGGCCCCGUUCGCUUUUCGGAUGGAAGGUGACGAGGAUUGUUUUCACUGCUAGAGCAUUUGUGAAUUUAAUUUCUGACCUGUAUAGAAGGACAAGUGGUUCAAUUAAUAAAUUGUUUAAUCAUAGUUUUAGA